GGUGGUUAAAGUGCCUGCCAUUCUAUUUGUAAGGUCUAGAUUUCGCGACACAAUAUUGUGUAACGACAUAUUAUUUGAAAAAUAAAAAGUCCUAUGAUUGGAGCACAAAAAAAAAUCAGAGAAAGAAAUGGAAAGGACGCAACCGUUGCGUUUGGGGGUGGCUAUUUAAACCCAGAGAACGCUCUUUGCUUCCUCCCCUCGCUCUCCCUCCACCCACUCUAUCAAAUUAUUGUUGCUCCUCUCUUCUUUCUCCAUCGGUACAAGUUCCUGCUACUUUCUCCUUUUCCCUUUCUUAAUUAAUGUGUUUUUUUGGCCCAAUAUAAAUCUUAAAUAAAAUGUUCUGCAAUUUGCACCGCAAAAGGUUUCUUCUUUUCCGAGUUCAAAUUUGAUACUUUUGUUCCGUGAAUUCGAGUAGUUUGUUGUUAAGUCUGUUUUUACUCCAUUGUGUAAUGAAUAACCCACAGUGCAUAAUCUGCACUUUUGUUUCAAUGCAUUACCCGAAAGCCACUGCCUAUGUCUGUCUGGGUGGGCUAAUAAUUUGCCCAAACCAAAUCCUUUUUCUUUCAUUCGUUUUGGUAGAUUUAUAUUAUAUUAUGGUAUGCUUGUCUUUUGAAUGCUAAUGCAUUUUCAUUAUUAUCUACUAAAGUUAUAUCAGACCUAGAUAGAGGAUGGCUUAUGAAGAACGAUUUGGGCAAGUGGAGAGGCCUACAUAUGAUUGCCUUCUAUUUGAUCUGGAUGAUACACUUUAUCCCCUCAGUUCUGGCUUAGCAGCAGCAUGUGGAAAGAAUAUUACAGAUUACAUGGUUGAGAAACUUGGCAUAGAACCGAGCAUAACUCAAGAAUUGGGGAACUUGCUGUAUAAAAAUUACGGUACUACAAUGGCAGGUCUUAGGGCAAUUGGCUAUGAUUUCGACUACGAUGAAUAUCACAGCUUUGUACACGGGAGACUGCCAUAUGAAAAUUUGAAGCCCGACCCUGUUCUUCGAAGUCUUCUCUUUACCCUGCCUUACCGGAAAGUUAUUUUCACGAAUGCCGAUAAGGUCCAUGCCCUCAAAGUGCUUAGGAUCCUUGGACUGGAGGACUGCUUUGAGGGAAUCAUAUGCUUCGAGACAUUGAAUCCCAAUCCAUGCAAAACGUAUGUGCCUGAUGAAGAUGAUAGAUCAGAGAUAUUUGAUAUAAUUGGGCAUUUCUCUCAACCAGAUAAUGGUGUUGGGUUGGCGCCAUUGCCCAAGACACCAGUGUUGUGCAAGCCGUCUGAGGCUGCCAUUGAAAAAGCUCUUCAAAUAGCUAAUGUUGACCCACAUAGAACUCUGUUCUUCGAAGACAGCGUCCGGAACAUACAAGCGGGAAAGUGUGUAGGCCUUCACACUGUUCUGGUUGGGAAGCCUCAGAAAGUGCAGGGUGCAGAUUAUGUGUUGGAAAGCAUCCAUAACAUGAAGGAGGCAUUGCCACAACUCUGGGAAAGUGACAAGGUUGCACAAGUUAAUUACUCUGGCACUGCUGUUCCAACAUCUGUCACUGCUUAAUUAGGUUAGGUAACUGUCAAUGCCAAUCCGUUGUUUGACGAACCAUGCGGGAGGGGGGGGGUUCGUCGGCCUCGAUUGUGAUGUAAUUGUACAUGUGUUCUUGUAGUUUAAUAAAAAAAUAAGAAUGCUCCUGCUGCUGUAUUAUGCGGAGUAGUAUAAUAAUGCAUUCAUUCAUCCUGUAAAUAAUAUGUUGCGUUUCAUGCAUUCUUAUCAACACAUUCUCAUUUAAUUACAUAAUUUCCGUUGUCA